CGCAACUGUUUGAUCAAUGAAGAGCCACUUCAAAGUCCAGCUGGGGAUCGAAUCCACAAACGGACGUCCACAUACAGAGCUUCCAGAGGGAAAGAGCAGGAUGUGGAUCUUUCAAGUUAUAGUUGCAGCCUCUCUCUUGAGUAGCCCAGCUCUGGCUGGGGUCAAAGACCUCAGUACACACUUUGGUGGAGUUGAGAAGGAAAAGGUGGAUGCCCGUGGACUUUCUCCAGACAUUGAGUCCAUCCCGUUGGACUUCCAUCGGGAAAACACGGUCACGAACGACCUCCCUCUGGAGGGACUGGAAGAGGAAGACUACUUAGACUUCGAUAAGAUCUUCGCGGAAGGUGAGGAUGACUACAGCGAAGGCGAUCACAUAGAUGAGAUCUCCACGCCUGCCCCUGACCUUGACCUCUUCUUGGAGCCAAGUGACCCCAAAAUACGGAGAGCGCGCCUGUUGCGGCUCUUCCACGGGCAAACGCGCCUCCAGCGAAUCAACGUCGUCAACGGUCGCUUCGGGUUUCGGCUUUACCGGAAACUGCGCAAUCGACUCAACCAGACGGACAACAUUCUUCUCGCUCCCGUCGGGAUCUCCAUCGCGAUGGGAAUGAUGUCUCUGGGAGCCGGACCAACCACUCAGGAACAACUCUACCAAACUCUCGGAUUCGCUGAAUUCGUCAACGCCAGCGCACAUUACGAUAACUCGACCGUGCACAAGCUUUUCCGCAAACUCACGCACAGGCUCUUCAGACGAAACUUCGGCUACACCUUACGCUCCGUCAACGACCUGUACGUGAAACGCAGCGUAAACGUACAGGAGGCUUUCCGCGCCGACGCGAAGACGUACUACUACGCCGAACCCCAGUCUGUGGAUUUCGCCGACCCGGCGUUCCUUGUGAAGGCCAACCAACGCAUUCAGAAAAUCACCAAAGGUCUGAUCAAGGAACCGCUGAAGAGCGUCGACCCCAACAUGGCAGUGAUGCUCCUGAACUACCUCUACUUCAAAGGUACGUGGGAGCAGAAGUUCCCGAAGGAACUGACACACUACCGGCAAUUCCGCGUCAAUGAGAAAAAGCAGGUGCGUGUUCCCAUGAUGCAGAACAAGGGGAGUUACCUGGCGGCGGCCGACCACGAGCUCAACUGCGACAUACUUCAGCUUCCCUACACCGGGAACAUCAGCAUGCUCAUCGCCGUCCCUCAGAAACUCUCGGGAAUGAGGUCCCUGGAGCAGGAGAUCUCCCCAACCCUGAUCAACAAGUGGCUUAACAACAUGACCAACCGGACUCGUGAGGUGGUCUUCCCGCGGUUUAAACUGGAGCAGAACUAUGACCUGAUUGAGCACCUGAAGGAAAUGGGCCUGACGGACCUGUUCACUGAAAAGGGCGACUUUUCCUCCAUGACCUCCGAGAAAGUCAUCAUCAACUGGUUUAAGCAUCAGGGCACCAUUACAGUGAAUGAAGAAGGUACAGAGGCCGCAGCGCUGACACACGUCGGAUUCAUGCCUUUAUCAACACAGACGCGGUUUGUGGUGGACCGGCCCUUCCUCUUCCUCAUCUAUGAGCAUCGCACAGGCUGCGUGGUGUUCAUGGGACGGGUGGUAGACCCUUCACAGAGUUAAUCAGACACAAUGCAGCCGACGCAUCACCCUAUAGCAAUAAAACUAAUAAGUUAGUCAAAACAAUUAUAUCAAAUAAUAGUAGCCAGAUAUAAAGCAGAUAGGAAUGGAAUGAUGGUUGUGUUUGUUUAUCAAGUAAAUUGAGUUUUGUAAAGUAAUGCAGUCGUGGUCAGAAUUACUGUAAAUAUGAAGUGAGAUGACUGUGAAAAUAAAUCUGCAUUGUUUAUCCUUUUGAUCUUAGAAUUAGCAAAAAACUAACCAUUUAUUGAAGUAAAAAUUAAAUAAAAAUCCCAUUAUGAAACAUGUUUUUCUCUAAUGCACAUUGGCCACAAUCAUUGGCACCCAUUAUGAUUCUUAAGUAUAUUCCCAUUCAUAUUUAAAAAAAAAAAAAAUGAGCACACAAUGUUGACUAUAGGAACAUUAAAUUAUCCAGCCAUGUCUUCCUGUUCCACAAGAGUAUAAAUAUGAGAAAACACAAAAGGCCUAGAAGUCCUAGACUUCUUUUUCAGAUUCAUGUUAUUAUGAAUUCUAGCAAAUACCAACAGAUAUAAAAUCAAAACCUGACGGUCUCUGCUAGAAAUCUUAUAAUUGGCUGUAUUUGGAUUUUCCAUCAGGACAAUGAUCCAAAACAAACAUUAAAACAACACACAAAUGGGUCACUGAGCACAAAAAGGACCCAGACCUGAACCAUAGAAAACUGAAGAGGAAUGAUCUCUGAUCUCCACAACUCGAGAAGAAGUUACAAAAAACAAUAUUGAAUAAAAUAAAAUUGUGGCCAAAGCGUAUUAGAGAAAAUCAAUCCCCCAUUUUCAAUUAUGUAGCAAUGCAAUUUAUUUUCACAUGCUUUUGAUCAUAUUCAUCAAGAGUCCCAAUAAUUCUGGCCGAGACUAAGUUCAUCUGUGUAUUUUUGAGGCAAUAAAAUGUUUAUUGAAGUAA